AACUAAUGACCGGUUGAUCGAUAAUCAAGAUCCCUCUGAUCAGUUCUACUGGACCAUAGUUGCUGAUCAUUCCACCUCAUCCUGACCUCACUUUGAAAUUGUGGGACCCUGACUUGUUCAGGAGGUGUUGUUCCUUUGGUCUGACUUGGCUUGUUCUGAUUAUUGUUCCUCCAUCCUCUCCUCCACCCUAUCUGAACCGACUUCAAUCCCCCUCUUUCUCUCCCUUGACAUCCAUUUGAUCGGAAAAAUAUACGGAAUUAAAUAACACAGACGAGAAAGAAAGAAGCAAAGGAGUCCGGAAGAGAAAGCCCACCCGUUCAUGCGCCCUCCAACCCUCUCCUUUCUCCCCGUCACUUGCUGGUCCGAAUCCCCUCGGUGUCCAUGACAUCGCCCGGAGAUGCUGCUCCGGUCAAACCUCCGCCGUCAUUUUCCCCCGGCGUAGCGCGGGCCUCCUCCACCUCCAGGUACUCGACUCAUGCGUCGCAGCGUCGCGAUUCCGUCCAGUCUCUAGAUUCGAACCAUGUCGAUCAGUCUGUCGGCCCAUCCCCCCCGCCGCUGUCCGCCACGACGGAACUGCCGAUCCGCUCUGCGUCACCCUAUGCCCGGUCGCUAAGGUCGUCAACCCCCCAGCUCAAUCGGUCUUCGCUAGGCUCCCCAGACGGAGGGCGGUUUGAAGGGGCGGAGGAUGUGCGCUCGUUGAUUACCCGGUCAUUCUCCCCCGUGGUCGGGGUCUAUGCGUCGGUCGAUACGGAUGACUUGGUCCACCAGAAGGGGUUCCCGGGCGGUUUCUGGGGGUUAAUACGGUCAUUUGGGGAAAAUGUUCCGGGGAAGAUCGUGAUCCGAGAUAGUGUGGGGUCGAGUCGUGGGUGGGAGGACUAUGGGGUGCGGUUUGUGGAUUUGGGGGGGCAAGCGCGGUACCCUCCGGAUGCGACUCCGGGGCAACCCCCUCCCUUGACGCAGAUCGACGAGGCAUUGGCCAAAGAUUUGGAGGCCGCAGAGAAUCCGCUGGCCCGGACAUUGCGCCCAAAGGACUUGGCCGGGGCUUCGACGAUUUCUCCGUUAUACAACGACUUCCUGCACCAGCUCCUGUCGAUCCCGUCCGCAACGCCCCACGAAACGUUUCGUCACCCGGUCGCAAGUGUCAUCGCCAUCAGCUCUCGAAAUACCAGCCCAUUGGAGACUCUCCGACAGCUGUAUGCGGACACGACCAAUGGAGAUCGACGGUUACCGGAGUGGAUCCAUCCCGAGUACCUCCGCUACUAUGUGCUCGUCCACGACGAGGACCGCGACGACAUCGCCGAAUCGACCAAGCUGUACGACCAGAUGAAGCGGCAUUUUGGCCUGCACUGCCAUCUCCUACGGCUCCGCAGCAACCAGUGCGUCGUGACCGAUGAUGACAGCGUCGAAGUGCCGGAAUGUGAAUGGGUCUCGCCCGCGGAGCGUCUCUCGGGCAGCGCAGAGCCACUCGUCGACCUAGAUACGGAUGGUCGUCUCUACCUCUUUGAGUCGGAUGUCAUGGCGAUCAAGGCGUUUGUACGGGAGUUGGUCGCGCAGUCGGUAAUCCCUUUCAUGGAGAAUCGCGUGACCGUCUGGAACGACCAAGUGGCGUCUCGGAGACGCGGCAUCAGCGGUCGCUUCAUGUCCAUGUCGCGAAGAUGGGCGGGGUUCGGUUCCAGUUCUCGAUCCAGCCUGACGGGAUCUGCGGGCGGGGUGAGUGGGAACUAUGAUGGCGCUCGCGGCUUCUACCGACCCGACGCCCCGGAGGCCGUUCUGCGGAAGAUGGCAGACUUUGCCUUUAUGCUGCGGGACUGGAAACUGGCCGCCUCCACAUACGAACUGAUCCGGUCCGACUACGCCAAUGAUAAAGCAUGGAAGUAUCAUGCGGGGGUCCAUGAAAUGUGCGCCAUCAGCCUACUCCUGAACCCGGUCUCCAUGCCCGCCAAGACCAAACUCGGGGAUAUCGACCAGAUGCUGGACACCGCCUGUUACUCGUAUCACACGCGUUGCUCCGACGUGCCGAACGCUCUUCGCUGCCUCACCCUGGCGGUGGAACUGCUGAAGUCCCGCGGCGGCUUGGCCACGGAAAGCGCGGCUAGGUGGGCCAUGCGGGCCAUGGACUUGGGCCUAGUCGGUUCGAUCGGGCAGGUGUUGCUCAGCGAGCGCAUAUCAGCCUGCUACGCGUCGCGGCCGCCGCUGCCCGGUGUCAGAUGGGGUGCGCGGUACCGAAAGGCUGGGAUGUGGAGUGUUCUCGCGGCUGAUCUCUGGCUCCAACUCGGCCAACCCUCGCUGGCCUCUGCCUGCCUAGAAGAGGCGGAACACUUAUAUGCCAGUGUCUUGGACAGAAAUGAAGGCGUGUUUCCCAUGCCCGAGAUGCAGGCAUUUGUCGAUAACCUUCGCCACACCAUCCAAGUGGAAUAUCUCGAGGCGAGAGGCCUGAACACGCAGGAGUCCCUCGACGCGGUACCCCCGAUGGACACCCAAGAGACCAGCGAGAAGCUCGACAAACGCCAGCACCGCCGGUCCCUGGUUGUGAAUCCGCUGGAAUCAGGGAUUCAGGACCUCCCUGACAACGAGGACCGGCCCGAUGACGAUUUUGAACGAGCUUGAGCGUUUUUUUCUUCUCUUUGGACGAAGGUCCGGCUGGGCGCACGAGAGGCGAGCGGUAUAUUAU